UUUUCCUCGACCCGGCCGAGCCGCUGCGCACGGUAGGUUUUUGUCCUUUUGAAUUUGGAGCGGGAUGUCGUUCCCCUUUCUCAUUUGGAUAAGGCGGAGGGAGAGAGAGAUCGAGCGGCGGAGGAGGGCAAGGCGAUUCCUCCUGUUCAUGGCGAUUUGGAGCUCAUUCGCCGCAGGAUUCUGACUUCAUCCUCUUCCUCUCUCCGCUAUCUGGUUUAAAUGGGUAAGCUGCGGAAAGCUUCUCAUCGGGAUGUUCCUUUAGUAUCAUCUUUAGAGAGUGGAGAUUCUGGGGGUGAACCAUCUGUGCCUAAUGAUUUUGCAGAAGAUGGUUGUUACCCUGUGUCUAUGAAAUUAUCUGAUGACGAAGGAGGGCUUGACAAAGCUCUUCUGAAGUUCUAUCUUAAUCAAUAUGUUUUAUUUUAUCUAGGACUUUUCAUUCUUGUUUCAUUUUUGACAUUUUUUCUUUUCUCUUGUUCGAUAGUUGUGUUUUCCUUAUUUUUUCAGAAAGUAAAAUGCUUGAAGAGGAAAUUAUCAUCUGCUUCAAGGAGGAAUGUGAGGCAGAAACGCUCUAGUGAUUACCCUUCCUGUGCUACUUUCACUAGAUAUUAUGGGAAGUUCUUCUCUGGUCUUGUUGAUGGACUGUGUUCUAGGUAUCAUGGUGUUGUCCAGAGAUAUGGCAUGGGAUGUCUUUUAGAGUUUGUUAGGACCGAGGUUCCCCUCGGGUUGAUGAAGUGGCUCGCCAGUAGGUUCGAUGUCCCUUCAUCUGAAUUCCAGCUCAAAAGGAAAUUUAUCCCAAUGACCAAGUAUGAUAUUCAUGACAUCCUCGACCUUCCAGUAGAUGGUGAGCCACUUGUGUGUGAUCCUAAAUCCGUCCGUGAUUUUAUCCUCUCUCUCACUUUGACUUGACCAGUAUUCCUCCCGUGUCCUUCUUUGCAAACAAGCUAAAGUCAACAGAAGUCGAGUUGCCUGAUGAAGAUGUCUUUAUUUGUUUCAUGAUUGUUGCUUUUUCAUCAUUCCUUUGUCCCAACUCUAGCCUCGGUCCUAGCCCAAAGUACCUACAUAUCUUCAGGGAUUGUCCUUUCGUGCGUAACUAUGAUCUGUCGAGAUUUGUUUAUGAGUGGCUGUUGAGUUGCAUAAAAAAGUUCAAGGAUUCCACUAAAGUUGCUUCCAAAAGAUCAGUGACAUUUGGCGGUUGUCACUAUGCUUUUGCUGUUUGUUACCUUGACCAACUUAAUUUUGGUCUUCACUCUGUCCCUGAUGUCAAGCCUCAGAUCCUAGUAUGAAAAGGUAACAAAGUUAAGCAAUUUUCAGAGCUUGAUAGAAACAAUAGCCGCUCUUUUGGUAAGAGGCCUCUAAAGCAGUUGUGUCCUUCAUUUCAUUUGCAGCAGUCUAUCGAGAAAUCUUCAGCAAGCAAGGAUGGUGAUGUUCCCCUUUGCAACACCAAGCUUUUUGAAAUGAAUGCGCAGAAAUCAUUUGGUGCUCGUUUUGGAUUAGAGGCUGCUCAGGUAGUGAUAGACCUUGUUCAAGCUAGGAACAAAGACAAGCCUAAGAUAUGUUUAGAAUGGUUAGAAUCUCUUGUAAUUGAUGUCUUGGACUGCAUAGCGAACGCAGCUUUGAAUGCGAAACCUAUUGCUACACCAAAAGUUUCUUCAAGCGAUGUUCAAUCUCUAAACAACUUCUCUUUUGGCAAUAAGUUUAUUUCUAUUCACUCUUUCAUCCUUGAAAGAAACAUUGAAACUAUUGUCGAAAAGCCAUCUCCUCAAGUCCAGCACCCAAUCCCCAAUUUGAAUGAAGCUUCUACUUUUGUUGCUGGUGUUAUUUCGGAUGGGGAUUUUCUCAAUCCAGUAGUAUUAUCUAGUUCAUCUCCAGUUCCUAAGGUGUGUGUUGAGAGUGUGGUGAAUGAAGCUAAUGCGGAAGGUGCAAUUCCAAUGGAUCCUCUAUCUUGUGGAAAAAGUGCUUCUGAUGCUAUAGGUAUAUCCCCUUCAACAAUGCAGUGUCCAAUUCCUGCUAUUGGUUCUUCGCUGAUGCAUUCAGCUGGUCCUGAUAAAAAGUGCGAGCCCAAGGUUGUUGUUACUGAUUUUCAAAAACCAAGUUUUGCUGAAUUCAGUCGCUCUCUUGGUGUUCAAUCACACCCUAAAGUUUUCAUUCAACAGCACAAAGUUAAAGAGGGUGACUCUUCUUUUGGAGGACUAUCGCCUCUGGUUCCUAUUCGUUUGUCGCAGCGGUUCCACAAUGUGGAUUGCAUUGAAAUGGUGACCUUGCCUCCUUCUGAAGUUUCAAAGUCAAAUUUCUCCUCAAGCCACCUUAAUGAUCAGAAGCCAGUAGACGACGUUCAAAUUGUGGGGACUUCCAGUUUUGUUGAUAGAUGCAAAGACCUUUCAAGGUCUAAUGAUGUUGCUUACAACAAGCUUAACAACUUCAACUUGACAGAAUCUCAAUCAAUUAGUCAUUUCCCUAAGAAUCAAAAAGCUAUUGCUAGUUCAGAAGUAGAGAUCUUGUCUUCCGGGAAUGCCUCUAGAGAUCUUUCUCCUGCUCAAGUUCCUAAAGCUCAUGGCUCAUCUUUUGUUGUUCCUAGUGGUUCAUCUGGUGCUCAUCCACCUCGCAGGAUGGUUUUACCAGGUAGAUAUAACUCGGAUUCUUAUGUUGCUCAGGGUAACAAGUUUCCUGUUUCUGCUAAAGAAAGGCGUCACCUCCUAGCAAUGGUUCAAAUUGGAGACCAUGAAAGUUGGUGCAAGUAUGAAGCAAUUCGAUAUGACUGAUCCUACUGUAGUUACCGUAAUCUUGCAACUUUGAAGUCAAGAGAACAUGUGGAUAAUUUCUUGAUUUUGUGCGUUUGUCGUUAUCUGUUCAAACAAGCCCACCCAUCGGUAUCAAGGAAACAUUUCUUCUUCUCUUAUAUUGGGGAAACCAUUCUAAGAGGUACUGAUGUUGAUAUUGUAGGCAAUGCAUUUACUGGCGCUAAGUGCUUUCCCAAUGUGGAGAAGUAAUCUGUUAUUCUUUCCUAUUGGACAGGAGAAACACUGGUUUACCUUGGUUGUUUGCUUGAAGGAGAGGGCAUUCGCAUUUCUUGAUUCUUUGUACGGGGCAAAGGAUCAUUUUCAUCUGGGAAUUCAUGAUAAAUUGAUUGAAAAUUUCAUAACAAUCUGGGAUCAGUUUGUGACUCCUAUCCUACGUACUCGUAUCGACUUUGAGAAUUUUGACAUUGUCUACCCUACUGUUCCACAGCAAAAUAACUGGGAGGAUUGUGGUGUUUUCACUAUCAUGUAUCUGAAGCACUGGACUCCUAGGACCCCAAUUGGCAAUAUGUUUGGCGCAGCCGAUGUUGAUAACAUAAGAAUCAGAUUGGCAAACGAGUUGUAUUUCAGUGGAUUCAACAGUGUCGACAAGACAUUUGUUACCCACUUCUUCGAUGAUGUCAAGGCUUAGGUUUUCCUGGAAGAUGCAUUUUUGUGACAUUGAAGGCUUUGCUUAAAACUAGGCUUUCCAAGAAAUUAUAGAUAGUAGUACUGCUGGCAAUGUUUUUUGUCGGUAGUGUGAUUAAAUCCGAUAAAUUUGUACGCUUUGGUCUAGUUGUCAUGUCUGUGUGUUGGAUGGUUGUUCUAUUUUUAAUGUCGUGAAUCAGUGACUCUUUUUAACAGAGAAGUAUGAGAACAAUGGUUUCUUUAUCUCAUUUGUUUUA